UCUGGAGGUAAAUACAGUAAGUCCCUGACAGCCAGAGGCUCUUUCCUAGCUUUGUUGUUAUCAACAGCCAUCAAGCUGCGCGCGGGUGACAGGCUGGCGUUCAUCGAGCUUCCCUAACGUCCACGAGGCAGACGUAAGGACGUCAAACUUUACUAGUUUGGAGUUUGAGUGAUGAGAGAUAAACACGUCCUCCCUUCAUGCUUACUUUCAACAAAAAAGAAGUUAUGGAUAUUUGCGACGGGAAGAAGAGGAGACAGGUAAGCGGCGGCGUGCGCGGCGGCAGGCGGAGCGCGGCCGUGAAAAUGAAGCGCGACGUGGACAAGGUCCUCCGCUCGCUCACGGUGGGGGACAACAACCACACGGAGCCCAUGGAGGAGGAGGAGGAGGAGGAGGACGAGGACGACAGCUGCUUCUCCAUUAGCUUCCUGCGGAAUGGCCGACCGGAGCCCGCCGAGGCGCUCGCUCCGCGGUAUAGCCUGCUGCGGGAGGUCGGGCGCGGAAGCUACGGGGUCGUGUUCGAGGCUAUUGCCCGGAAAACGGGGGCCAGGGUGGCGGUGAAGAGGCUCCAGUGUGACGCCCCGGAAAACGUGGAGCUCGCUCUGGCCGAAUUCUGGGCCCUGACGAGCCUGGAGAACCGGCACCAGAACGUGGUCCAGCUGGAGGAGUGCGUCCUGCAGAGGAACGGCCUGGCCCAGAAGAUGAGCCACGGGAACAAGAGGUCCAAGCAGUACCUGCGCCUGGUGGAGACGUCACUAAAAGGGGAGCGCAUACUGGGUCACCCGGAGGAGCCCUGUUACCUCUGGUUCGUCAUGGAGUUUUGCGAGGGCGGGGACCUCAACCAGUACAUCCUGUCCCGCCGGCCCGACCCCCAGACCAACAGGAGCUUUAUGCGCCAGCUGACCAGCGCCGUGGCGUUCCUGCACAAGAACAACAUCGUCCACCGGGACCUGAAGCCCGACAACAUUCUCAUCUCGCAAAAAUCGGGUUCUCCCGUUCUCAAAGUGGCCGACUUCGGCCUCAGUAAGGUUUGCGCCGGCCUCCACUCCAAGACCAGCGAGGAGCACCCUGCGGCGGGCGGCCGAGGCAGCAACCAGAACGACAACAUCUUCAACAUCAACAAGUUCUGGCUGUCGUCGGCCUGCGGCUCGGACUUCUACAUGGCUCCCGAGGUGUGGGAGGGCCACUACACGGCCAAGGCGGACAUCUUCGCCCUGGGCAUUAUCAUCUGGGCGAUGGUCGAGCGGAUCACUUUCAUCGAUGCCGAGUCCAAGCGCGAGCUGCUGGGCACCUACAUACGGCAAGGCACGGAGAUCGUACCGGUCGGGGAGGCUCUCCUGGAGAACCCCAAGAUGGUUCUCCACAUCCCUCAGAAGGCCAGGAGCUCCAUGUCCGAGGGGGUGAAGAAACUCCUCCAGGACAUGCUGGCGGUCAACCCUCAGGACCGGCCGGACGCCUUCCAGCUGGAGGUGCGCAUGGACCAAGUCACGUGUGCCGCGUGAUAGCCCCACAACCUCCUGAUGCCUCUCCUUUUUUAACCUAACUAGUCAAAGAAGGGACCACUCUCCUUCCCAGCUUUGUUUACUUCAUGGACGUGGACUAGGAUGGA